AUAUGUACAACAAAAUUAAAAUUUCAUUAUAAUUUAGUUAAGUGUUAGUGAAAAAUAAAAUUAAUCAUCAUAGUUGCACCUCUCCACUUCCGUUUUUAGGAAACCUUAAACAAUAAUUUCGUAAAAAACUAAAUUUCAUUCACAAAAUAAAUGAAAAUAAAGUUAUUUAAAAUUUGCAAACAUUAAAUGGCAACAGGAAAUCAAAACAACAACAACAAUAAACAGCUAUAAACCUACUAUCUAAAACCCAACAACUGUAACAAUAAUACAUACAUUUGAAAAGAGAAAUUAUCAUAAAGUUUUGAAUACACUCCCAAAAACUUACCUCAACUAAGAAUAAAAAACAAUAAACAGAAAAACAAACAAUUAACGGAAAUCUUGUUAUUUUUAUAAAUAAUACAACAACAAUAAAAGGAAGCAAAAUAAAGUCCAUAAAUUGACGGUUAGCAGAACAAUAACAAAGACGUCAUGAUAAAUUCAAAUCACACGGGUACCACCCGUAGACCCUUUUCUCGCAAUGGGCCCUCUACAUCGAGAAAUCAUCGAGGACGCAUGCUCUUCUCACCGCAUUCAUAUCAGCAGCAGCAGCAACUGCAGCAGCAGCACCAACACAACAGCAACAACAAUGUGCGCUUAAAUCAUGGCAACAAUGGCAAUUUGAGUGCGGCCAAUGGCAAUAAUACCGGUGGUGCUCCUUGGUACAAUAACAAGGAUAAUACCAAUGCAAAUAAUAGUAACAACAAUAUGGAUCCUUGGAAUUCGCUUGGCAGCAAUAGCAAUCACCAUCAGCAGCAACUAGCAGGCGGCUCAGGUCCCCAGUCAUUGCAGCAGCAGCAACAGCAACAACAUUUCCACGGACCAAAUUAUUAUAGUGGUCGCAGGGGAAUAAAUUUACACGCCAGUAGUGACUUCAACAGUUUUCGACGUGGCAACAAUCUUAAUAACAACAACAAUAGCAUGGCGAUGACACAUCGCAGUGGCGACUUUCAUCAGUUCGGUGAUCGUUUCAAUCACAAUCGAAAUUAUAAUGGUAGCAACAAUAGCAACAGCAACAACAAUAAUGCCUCAAACUCAGGACUAUGUGAUCGAAAUGGUCACAGCAACAGUGUUAGCAAUUUGCACAUGGAUGGCUAUAUGACGGGUAGUAGUGGUUCCCGUAUUUCGGAUAAUAGUGAGGGGAAUUCGAACUUUGCCAUGGGAAAUAAUAACAACAACAAUCGUAAUGGUGGCGGUAGCAAUAAUUCAUACAAUCGUUCGCAAUAUUAUAACAACCAUGGAAAUCAAUUUAACAAUGGACCAUCAACGUCUGCUUCCGCAUUAGCCGGGGCUUCAUCGCUUUUGGAUGGACCUUCUGGAUCGGGAGGAGGGAUUUCAGGUUCUACUAGCUCUUUAAAUGGUGCGAAUGUUUUGAAAUCGGACAGUCCAUCAAGGAAACGAAGACGUAUAUCAGGACGUAUGCCCAGCCAGUCACCACCAGCUAUAUGGGAGCAAAGACGUUCCCCGCGAAUAUUGUUACAACAGGGAAGCCCACCUAUACGACGACCACGCCUCAGGGACACUAGUUCGGUUGCACAAAAUCCAAAUUAUUUUAACAACGGUUAUCAUCAUCCCCACCCACAGCAACAGCAUAAUCAUCAACAGCAAUUGCAGCAACAACAACAGCAACAGCAGACUAAUCAUGUCAACCAACAUUAUAUACAACAGCAGCAGCAGCAACAGGCCGUUCAACAUCAUCCUACCUGGGAAUUGGCUACAGCAGCAGCAAAUUCGAAUGCUGGACCAUCGGUUGCACUCAUUCAUACUCCGCCUCCCGCCCAUCAUCAACAAGCACAAAGUCCAGCUGCUUUGCAGCCACCACCGCCGCCACUAAUGGUUGAUAUAAAUCAAGUGCCCGUUAGUUUGUCACUACGUCAUGCCGAACCCAUCUGGGCCUCGAUUUGCACGUAUCCCGCUCAGCCACCACAACCUCGUCUAGCUCCUUGUCACCUACACAGUAUAUACACUCAGCCCUUCACUGCUCAAGCUGCCUGCAAUUCACAUCCCCAUGCCCAUGCCCAGUUUGCAACGAAUGCCACCGGCUUCACAGCAGCCACCAGUGCACCCUUGCAAGUAGCUCAAGCUCCACAACAUUUGGCUGCGGCCACAGCAGCAGCCCAACAACAACAUCAGUCACAACAAGCAGCCGCCUUAGUAGCUGCUGCUACCGUAGCUGCAGCUAAUUAUCAAAAUACUACCCAUUUGACGCAACAACAGCGUUCGGAUGCAGCCGCAGCAGCUGUUGCCAGUUUAUCAUUAGAUCCAGCUGGCGGCCAUCAUCACCACCAUGGCCAGGGUGUGACAGCCGUGCCUCAGUUACAAGCCACUCCCAUACAUUUGACAUCUAUGUCGGCUGCAGCAGCAGCAGCUCAUCAUCACUCACAUUCCAUAGCAGCAGCCGCCGCGGCUGCAGCACAGGUCUCACAGCUUUCGGCUGCACCACAACAAAUUAUUAUCUCUACAGAAAGACGUACAUUCCCUCCACACCGUCGCAUUACCCGCUUCUGGCCCGCCAAUCAUCCACAUGGUCCUCAUCGGCAUGUCUUGCCACCCCAAGCUUUGGGUCCACAUCAAGCCACUCCAGUCCAGAUACAAACAACUGGCAUUAUAAAUCCAGGAUUUUUACUUAAUUUCUUGGCCAUGUUCCCCUUGUCACCGUACAAUCAACAUGAGCUUAGCUCCUCUGAUUCCAAUGAAACUGAAAACUAUGAAGCCUUGCUAAGUUUGGCCGAACGUUUGGGUGAAGCCAAACCACGAGGAUUAGGUCGCAAUGAAAUUGAACAGUUGCCAAGUUAUAAAUUCAAUCCGGAAUCGCAUACUGGCGAUCAAACCUCUUGUGUAGUUUGUAUGUGUGAUUUUGAGUUACGUCAAAUACUACGUGUUCUACCAUGUUCCCAUGAGUUCCAUGCCAAAUGCGUUGACAAAUGGUUAAGGUCAAAUCGGACUUGUCCCAUAUGCCGUGGCAAUGCCUCGGAUUAUUUUGAUAAUCCAGAACGUCAACAGCAAACAAAUCAAACAACAGCAGUACCCAGCAAUAACAAUAAUAAUAAUAACAAUAAUAACAACAAUACAACAACAAAUAAUAACAAUAAUAAUAUAACAACAAUUAAUAACAACAUCAGCAACAAUAAUAAUAAUAAUAAUGCUACAACUGCUGCAACAACAACACCAGUCCAAACCACCAGCCAAACAACACAAGCCCAUUGAACAUCCAACAACAUAAAAACUCAAAUCAGCAAAGCAGACAGACAGACAGAGAGAGAGACACACGAUUCAACCAACACAACGAAAUUUGGUGUAUCCUUUUAAUUUCCGCUUUUUUGUACAACUAAAUCAAGUCUAUUACCCCUAACUACAGACAUAUAGAUAAAUAUAUGUAUGUUUGUAGACACACCUUCCUCCUCCCCCCUUUUGCUAGUUCUGAAGCAGACGAGUAUAAAAAUUUAAAAUUAAAAAAAAAAUUAUGCCACCAAGUUUUCUAAUUCUAUUAGGAAAACCAAGUUAAUUAUUGUGCCCUUUCUUCACUAUACAAUUAGAAUUAAAAUAUAAAUUUAAAAGAAAAUCGAAAAACAAAAAACAAAAACUAUUAUUAUCACAUAAUUACAAUGUGUACUAAAUAUAACAAAAAAAAACCAACCAACAAAUUCUAUAUUUUUUCUUAAUUACUCUUCAAAUAUUCUAGUUUUUCUUUCCUAUAUUAGAUAAUAAUAAUUUAAGAAAUCGGAAUUUAUUAAUGCAAAUUAUCGCUCUGUCUUUAAUACGAUAAUAUAAUAAUUUAUCCUAUAGAGUGUUCAAAUUGUUCAAAAAUGUCCACUUUGGAUUUAUGUAGUCCACUUACAAUACCACCAACUAUGCAACUAUUUAAUAUAGUCUUUUUUUUAAUUAUUUUUUUUACAUAUAAUAUCACAAAAUAAUUAUAAAUAUUUUAUUCAAUUAGUUUCGAAAGCUUUAUUUUUAACCAUAAUAGAUUUUGCUUAAAAAACAACUUAUUAAAACGAUAUAUUUUAUGUACUAAAUAUUUACUAUACCUACAUACAUACAUAUAUAUUUCUAGCAACAAUUGUGAAAAUUUUAAAUAAAAUGGAAAAUUUCAAUUGAAA